GUGUCCAUCUGUUUGGCUCUGAAUGAUGUUUAAUUGAUUUUUAUCGAGAAUUUUUUUCUUCUUCAAUUCAACAACAACAACAAAAAUGAAACAUCCACAUCAUUAUAAAUUGCUAAUAUUUUUCACCAUAAUCUUUUGCCCAUUAUUUUUGAUCAAUGAUUAUUGUUGCCUUAAUGUAUUAUCACCGUCAUCAUCAUCAUCGAUAUCAAUAUUAUCGAAUGAUGUUGUUCAUGAAAUAAAUGAAUGGUCAUUAUGGUCACCUUGGUCUCCUUGUUCUAGAAUCUGUGAUGGAGGAAUAACUACCUCAGUUCGAAAAUGUUUGGCUCGUUCUGGUUGUAAAAAUGGCCAAUUUAAACGACAUAAAUUAUGUAAUAUGCAGCCAUGUAUUGUGAAAACAAAUUUUCGUCAAUCACAAUGUUCAUCAUUCAAUAAUAAACCAUAUAGAGAACGUUAUUAUGAAUGGAUUGCAUUUAUUGAUCCAACUGAUCCAUGUAGUUUAACAUGUAAAGCAAAUGGUUUAAAUUUUGUUGCCAAAUUAUCACCAUUCAUAACGGAUGGUACACGAUGUACAACCGAUUCAUUAGAUGUAUGUGUAUCCGGAAAAUGUAUGAGUGUUGGUUGUGAUCUUCAACUUGGAUCGACAAAAAAAAUUGAUAAUUGUGGUGUUUGUGGUGGUGAUGGAUCAUCAUGUAAAAAUCAUACUUAUAGAUGGCAACAUCGAUUUGAAACAAAUUGUUCAACCAUUUGUUCCAAUGAUUAUCAAUUAUCACAAUUUCGUACAUCAACAGUUUUUUGUACGGAUGUUAGUACUGAAAUAAUUGUUGAUGAUUUAUUUUGUCGACAAGAUGAACGACCAAAUCCAAUAACAUCACAAUGUGAAUCAUCGAUUGAACAUUGUAAAUUUAGAUGGAUAACAGAAGAAUGGUCAAAAUGUUCACAAAAAUGUGGAACAGGUUAUCAAAUACGUGCCAUAUAUUGUGUAUUGAAUAUUAAUCAUAAUGUAAAAAUGGAUGAAAAACAAUGUGAAAAAAUUGGUCUGAAACGACCUGAAACUGAAAGAAAAUGUAAUGAAGAAGAAUGUCCAGAAUGGUAUGAAGGACCUUGGUCAGCGUGUUCUGAAACAUGUGGUAAUGGUACUCAAAGCCGUCAUGUUAUAUGCAAAGAUAAUCAAGGAUUGCCAAGUGACAAAUGUGAUUGGCAACUUCGACCAUUAGAUAGUCGUAAUUGUUCAGAUAUAUCGGAUUGUUUAAAUGGUAAAUCAACAAAUUCGCAAGAAGAUUCACCAAACAAUCAUAUUGUCAUUGAUUCAAUGAUCAAUGAACCAAGCUAUGAUGUUGGACAAUGGUCUUCGUGUAAUGUUACUUGUGGAAUUGGCUAUAAAAAACGUAGUGUUAAAUGCCGAAUUUAUUUGGAAUUUUCAAAAACAUUUGCAACAAUACCAUUUAAUCAAUGUUCAGGAUCAAGACCAUCAGAUAUACAAAUAUGUUAUGGAUAUGAUUGUCAUAUGGAUGGAAAAGAUUCUCUUCAAGAAAAUAAUUAUAUUAUUGAACCUGAUGAUAAUUUUAUUGAUGAAAAAUUUCAAUGGAAAAUUACUGGUUUUACAAAAUGUUCAGCAAAUUGUUUAGGUGGUACACAAGAAUCGAUAAUUGAUUGUAUUCGAAUUAGCGAUAAUCAACGAAUGCCUACCGAGCUUUGUCCAUUGGAAACAAAACCCGAAACCUAUACAAGAAUUUGUAAUGAUCAACCAUGUUUACCAAGAUGGAAUUUGAGUGAAUUUGGCGAUUGUUCGAAAAAAUGUGGUGAAGGUGGAUAUCAAACUCGUGUUGUUCUUUGUAUACAUGAAGUAGCAAGAGGAUCAAAAAAUUUUGUCAUUGUACCUGAUGAUCAAUGUGAUUCACUUAAACCAUUAAUCGAACGUAAAUGUAAUCAAUUUGAUUGUCCGGCCAGAUGGGAUACACAUGCAUGGCAAAAAUGUUCCCGUGAAUGUGGUGGUGGAUUAAAAAAACGUAAUAUUUAUUGUGUAAAAGAUUAUGUUAUUGGUGGCCUGCAAAACGUAUCGUUUGUUGAAUGUUCAUUAGCAAAAAAACCAAAAAUAUCGAAACAAUGUAAUCUUAAACCAUGUCGUCGAACAUCAUCAUCAUCAUCAUCAUUGUUAUUGAUGGGAAAUAAUGGUGGUGAAAUGAUAAGAAAAUCUAAACGAAAUCAUCAUAAUAAUCGAUUAAAUAAUCAUCAAAUACAAUAUAAACAUGUAUUUAAAGUACAAGGAGAAGUAACCAUUAUGGAAGGUUCACGAAUUAAACUUUUAUGUCCAUUACCAUUACAAACAACAACAAUAACAACAACCGAAAUCAAACCAAUAUGGUUAAAAGGUCAUGAUCUUAUUCAACCGGAUCGUAAACAUAUUAUAAUGAUGGAUAAUUUUCUUAAAAUCCGAAUGAUAAAAUCCAAUGAUACUGGUGUUUAUAAAUGUAUCUACAAUUAUGAUUCUAAUAAUGAUGAUGAUAUCAUUCAACAUUCAAUGUUUUUACAUGUUGUUCGAUUAAUGGAUAAUAAUAAUAAUAAUGAUUUUAUGAAUGAUCAACAUUCAACAACAACAACGACCACAGAAAUAAGUAAUAAUUAUUAUCAAAAUGAAUUGGAUGUAUCACAAGAAAUGGAAAAAUAUUCAUUAAAAAGUGAAACAAAAAGACAAUAUUUAUCUUAUGAUAAUGAUAAUGAUGAUAAUGAUAAUGAUCGAAUACGACCUGAUCGACUUGGAGGUAUUCAGGAACUGAUUGCAUUGGUUAGAAAAUCAAAUAAAAAAUCUUCACAAUCACCACAAUUAUCAUUAGUGGAUAAUUCGAAUGAAAUUAAUGAUGAAAAACAAAUAGAAAAACCAUAUGGCCAAUUGAAUUGGAUUACAACAUCAUGGUCUAAUUGUACAAUACCUUGCGGUGGAUUUGGAUUUAAAGUAAUUUAUUGAUAUGAUUUUAUUUAUAUUCGACAUAGUCAAUGUUAUGAACGAUUAGACAAUAUGACACGUAAACUUAAUGAUUCAUUUUGUAUUGAAUCAGGCCUGACUAAACCGAAUACAUUUGAAAUAUGUGGCCUACAAACAUGUUCAUAUUGGAUGGUUGGCCAAUGGUCUGAGUGUCAAGGUUGUAUAGACAUACAUAAAGGAAUACAAUGGCGAAAUGUUGAAUGUCAUCAUCAAAAUGGUACAAUCAAUAUGGAUGAAUCUGAAUGUUAUCAUUGGAAUUCAAACAAACCAAUCACGCAACAAGAAUGUUAUCAUAUGAAUUGUAUACCAAUGUGGAAAAUUUUCAAUAAAACAAUUCAACAUUCAUUGACAGAAAUAGAAAAAGAAGAAUCAUUUGAUUUGAAUGAAAGAAAAUGCCGUAACAAUGAUUGCAUUGAUGAUAAUUCGAAUAGAUAUAAUGAAGAAAAACAACAAAAAAAUAAUGAAUCGAGGACAAGAUUGUUAAUACGUUGCGUUUGGAAUGAUGUACGAUUACAAGAUCAAAUUAUUGAUGAUAAUUAUUGUAAUGGAUUAAUCAAGCCAAACAUCAAUGCUGAUGAUGAUGAUGAUGAUGACAAUAAUGAUGUGGUCACAAUUAAUCCUUUUUAAUGAAUGAUGAAUGAUGACAUC